GGCAUUAGUAGGGUCUAGUAGAUCUGGUAAGAGCUCUGUGCUCCCCCUUGUACUUCAGUUCUACGAUCCAACAGCAGGGAAGGUGAUGAUUGAUGGAAAAGACAUUAAGAAACUCAAGCUCAAGUCCCUUCGAAAACACAUUGGCCUUGUCCAACAAGAGCCAGCGCUAUUUGCCACGUCAAUCUAUGAAAACAUUCUUUAUGGCAAAGAUGGAUCAUCUGAAACAGAGGUCAUUGAGGCCUUCCAAGCUUGCUAAUGCACAUAACUUCAUCAGUAGCCUCCCUGAGGGCUACUCGACCAAAGUAGGAGAGCGAGGGGUGCAACUAUCAGGUGGCCAGAAGCAACAGGUCGCUAUUGCAAGAGCUGUUCUCAAGAAUCCAGCAAUUUUGCUUCUUGAUGAGGCUACCAGCGCUCUCGAUGUGGAGUCUGAGCAUGCCGUUCAACAAGCCCUUGAUAGGCUAAUGAAGAAUCGAACAACGGUUAUGGUGGCACAUCGGUUGUCUACCAUCCAAAAUGCAGAUCACAUAUCAGUUUUGCAAAAUGGAAAGAUCUUAGAGCAAGGGAACCACUCUACUCUAAUAGAGAACAAGAAGGGAGCCUAUUAUAAGCUUAUCAAUUUACAGCAACUGCAACAAUAACAGAAAUAAAAGGAGUAAAUGACCAAGAUAACUGGUUACAAUUGAACUUGUAUUCUUUUUCCUUUUUUGACUAUUUACUCCUUCAGCU